GUUCGCGAUGGGCGACGUUCUAGUGCCGCCUGAGAUCACCGCCGAGGUCACCCAGAUUCUCUCUAACCUCGUCCUCGGCGACAAUGCCAUCCGCACCAGCGCAGAGACGGCGGUCAACGACCGUCUUGAGCAGACCCCGGAGCUUUAUUUGCUCGCGAUUGCCCAAUUUGCCACCUCUGCCGACACCGAGCUCAUGCGCUCCUUCUCCCUCGUCCUCCUCCGCCGCCUCCUCUUCCGCCCACCCUCGCCGAACCGCCUCGCGCUCUACGACCAACUCUCCGCGCCCGCCAUCGCCACCCUCGAGCGUAUCCUGCUGCACUCGCUCCUCCAUGAGCCCGCGCCCGUCGUCCGCCACAAAACGGUCGACACCGUCACCGAUCUCUCCAACUACUCCAUGAAGCGCGGCCGUCCGUGGCACACGCUCCAGUCGCAAGUAUUUGCCAUGGCCGACAACACCGACGUCCACACGCGCGAAGCGGCUUUCCGCGUCUUCGCGGGGUGUCCGAACCUCAUCAUGGACCUCCAAACGGACGCUAUCCUUGCUAUCUUACAGAAGGGGCUGCAGGACCAGCAGAGCACCGAGGUCCGACUCGCGUCCCUCCGCGCAUCCGUCGCGUUCCUGUCCGCGCUCGACCUCGCGCAACAAGCCCAGGCGCUCUCACUGAUGUACCCCAUGCUAAACACGCUCCCAUCGCUCCCGCACGCGCGCCUGCCGCCAUUCCUCCUCGUCGUCACCGAGCUCGCCGCGUCCAACCCGCACCUCUUCCGCCCACACAUCCCCGCUCUCCUCGCAUUUCUCCCCUCGCUACUUCUCCCCGUCGUCGAUGCGGGCCCAACUCCGACCGUGGCGCGCCCGAAUCCUGGCGGGGGCAGCAGCUUCGCGUUCCCGCCCGCGCCACAGGGCGAGAACGGGGAUGACAAGGCGGUGAGCGGGGAGGAUGACGAAGUGCGCAAGGGUGCGCUCGAGUUCAUGACUACGCUCAGCGAGGCGCGGCCAAACAUGCUCCGCGGCGUCGAGGGCUGGGUGAACAUCGUCGUGCGCGGGUGUCUCGAGGGCAUGGGCGAGAUCCCCGAAGACGACCUCGACGAGUGGCUCGAGGCCGACCCCGCAGAAGAUCCGACGGACGACGCGUACCCACACACGUACGAGCAUUCGCUCGACCGGAUCGCGUGCGCGCUGGGCGGGGGCGCGGUGCUCCCGCCCGCAUUCACGUUCAUCCCCGCAAUGCUCGCGAGCCACGACUGGCGGCUGCGGCACGCGGGGCUCAUGGCGAUCGCCGCGAUCGCAGAGGGCACGAGCAAAGUGAUGCAGCAAGAGCUCGCAAAGAUAGUCGAACUCGUAACGCCGAUGUUCAAGGACCCGCAUCCACGCGUUCGGUACGCUGCGUGUCAGUGUAUCGGACAGCUUUGCACAGAUCUCGAGGAGGUCGUACAAGAAAAAUUCCACGAGCAGAUCUUCGCUGCGCUGAUACCCGCCCUGGAGGCACCCGAGCCCCGAGUACACGCGCACGCAGCCGCGGCGCUGAUCAACUUCUGCGAGGGCGUCGAGCGCGAGACGCUCAUCCCGUACCUCGACUCGAUCGUCGAGCGGCUGCUGAAGCUGCUGAACCCUAGCGCGGACCAGCCGGCGACGCAGCCGAAGCGGUAUGUGCAGGAGCAGGUCAUCACGACGCUCGCAAUGGUCGCGGACGCGAGUGAGGCAACGUUUGCAAAGCACUAUACGUCUAUCAUGCCGUUGCUGCUGAACGUCAUGCAAAAUGCGAACGGGCCGGAGUAUCGGAAGUUGCGAGUAAAGGCAAUGGAGUGCGCGGGGCUCAUUGCGAUCGCGGUCGGCCGCGACGUAUUCCGUCCCGACUCGAGGACAUUCGUCGAGCUCCUCAUGCGCAUCCAAAAUAGCCCGCCCGACCCGAACGACACCAUGCUUAGUCACUUCCUCAUCGCGACGUGGGCGAAGGUCUGUCAGGCGCUCGGCGAGGAGUUCGAGCCAUACCUCCCAGUAGUUAUGCAGCCGCUCCUCCGAGUCGCAGGCUCGAAAGCUGACAUCUCAAUAUAUGAUGACGACGAGGAGCACGAAGACCGGGACGGCUGGGAGAGCAUCAGCAUGGACGGGCGCCAGGUCACCGUGAAGACGUCCGCGCUCGAGGACAAAUGCCAGGCAUUCGAGACGCUCCUCAUCCACGCGUCGACACUCAACGGGCGGUUCGGGCCCUACGUCGCGCAGGUGCUCGAGCUCGCGCUCCCCGGUCUCCGGUUUUACAUCCACGAAGGUGUCCAGGAGGCAUGUGCUAUGCUCAUCCCGGUGCUGAUCUCGUGCGGGAAGAACAGCGGGACGCUGACGAACCAGAUGGUCGCCGCGACGCUCUCGCAGAUCAUCACCUGUGUAGCGAACGAGUCGGACUCAUCCUUCCUCGCCUCGCUAUACAAGUGUUUCCUCGACACGCUCCUCGUGCUCGGCGGCCCGCCCGCGCUCGCGCCUGAGUUCCGGCAUGGCAUCGUGGACGCGACGAAGCGGCAGCUGAACGCGCUCGCGGACAAGCGCAAGGCGCGCGCGGCGCGGCCCGCGCACGAGCUGCGCGAGGAGCGCGAGGACCUCGCGCUCAUCCAGGAGAUGGAGGACUUCGCGAUCGAGGAUAUGGCGAAGGUGCUGCGGACGGUCGAGGCGCCUGGGGACCUCAUGAUUGCAGUAUCGAGUCUGCGGCAGCUCGCGCUGAACCUUUCGGAUUGGGAGAGCGAGGACGAGGGCGGGAGUUAGACGGGGUGUGUCUGUGUUGUGCCUUUGCGUGUACGUCUUGCUUUGCUUCGAGAUGAGAUGUUUGUACGUGUCUGUGGUGUACGUAUAGAAUUUUCCGGACAGCAGCGCUCUUGUAAUUCCUUCGCAGUCGCAAC